AUGAAGAAAUCAAAUAAACUUCUAAAUUACAUUUUCACAAAAAAUCUACUGGAUGUCAGUUGCAUCAAAUUAAAAGCUGUCGCAAUUGGAAAUAUAAAAUGUCUUGAGUUUGUUUUUAUGGAAAAUCAGAAUUGUCCGAAUCAAUUUUAUUAAGAAAACUGCCUUCAUUACAGACUCUUUUAAUUGCUCUUUAUUCCUCUCUUUUUAGCUGCUUCUGAGUUAAAAUUGCUUAAGAAAUAAAUUGAUCGUUUAUCAGUAGGUUUUGUAAAUAAUGAAAGAGUGAUUUUUGGUAGAGAUAGUUUUGAAGACCUAUUCAUAAGAUAUCAAAGAAUGGUAAUAAAUAAAAGUUUUUAGUCAUCUAAUUACCUAGACUCCCUAAUAAAAUGACUUUAUCAAAUGAUUUAAAAUAAAUGAUCCCUAUGAUACGUUAGUUUUUGUAUAUUUCUUCAAAUGAUUUCUACUUGGUUCCAGGAUCUAAUUUUGAUAUCACAAGAUGGGAUUUGGUAGAACUAGCANCCUAAUCAUCAAUUAAUUUUUACGAUUAGACAAACUGCUUGUAUAAGAGGACCUUUUUUGAAAUUGGUUCCUCAAUCUCAGUUUGUAGAUAAUUAAGACAACUUCAGAUUGUUAAAUUUUAGCUUUUGCAGAAAAGUAAACAUCUAUUGAAAAAAAAGCAAAACUAAAAUAAAUGCAUUGAAAAAAUAAAAGUAAUAUCGAUUUGAUUCACACAUUAGAGGAACACACUUAUAAAGUUUGAUGUUUAAAAACCAAUAAUAUGAUACUAAAAAUUAAAGUUCAAGUGGAUUAGAUAAGACUAUUUAUUUAUGGAAUUUAAUCAAAUAUACCUUGAUUAUAAAAUUAGAAGCUCACGCUUAAACGGUCCAGGAUAUUGCUAUUUUCAUUCGAUGGCAAAUAAAUGGUGUCUGAGUGUUAUGAUAAAACAAUCAUAUUUUGGUCUACCUCAAAACUAAAUUAUAAUAUAAUAAUUAACGAAUACAAACACCAUGGUUUAUUGUCCAUUCAAAUCAAUUAUGGUAGGUGCUUAAAUUUAGAAAGGAAUUAUAUUUUGGAAUACAGUUGAGUUUACAUGAAUUCCAUUAAAGCCUAAUUACGAUUAUUUGUUAAGUUUAAGAUUACGAAAGGAUGGUAUGCUAUGUGACAUUAUGCAAUAAAAUUGGAAUAAGGAUUAGGAAAAUAAAUGAACAAGCUUCUAAGUUGAGAAGAAAAAUUACUCUCAAAAUCUUUCGCUUUCACAAAGGGUGGUUUAAGUAUAUGAUGAAAACUUUAUAUUACAUACUCACUUUGAAGUGA